AGAAGUGCGCAUCAAGUGGGUCUGGCGCUGACAACCGCGGCGGAGCAGCUGCAGACAGAGACAUUGAGACAGAUCCACUCAUGACUGGACUUCCACGAACAGGAUGGUUCAUCGCAAUGAAAAUGCAUUUUACUCGCUGUGGUAAUUUUGACAUUCUUACUUGGAUAGUUUUUAGUUCUUCGCAGCUUCUACUAGAUGGUGUUUCCCCUGACAAGCUGCCUCAGACUCCAGACCCUUGCCUCCAGAACCUGUGCCAAAACCAGGCAAUAUGCAGAACCCGUGGGAACGGCUACUCCUGCUUCUGCGUGCCAGGUUUCCAGGGCACUCACUGCCAGAUAGACGUGAACGAGUGUGCUUCACAGCCCUGCAGGAACGGAGCCACCUGUGUGGACGGAGUGGGCAGAUUCUCCUGUUUGUGUCCUCCUGGAUUCACAGGAACCACUUGUGAGCUCCAGGUCGACCAAUGUCAGUCACAGCCUUGUCUUCACCGCGGCAUUUGUGUUAACCACGCCACAGGCUUUUGGUGCAUCUGCCAUGUCGGUUUCCAAGGAGACCGAUGCGAAAUCGACACAGACGAUUGCCAGGAGCAGCCAUGCCAAAACGGGGCUCUGUGUGUUGACGGGGUGAAUGAAUACAGCUGCGACUGCUCACACACAGCAUUCACUGGGCCGCACUGUGAGACGCUGCUGCCACAAUGCAACUCUGAUCCCUGCUUCAACAGCGCCAUCUGUAAGGACAACCAGGGUAACUACACCUGUGAAUGCUGGCCGGGGUUUGAGGGCCGUAACUGUGAGAUAGACACAAGCGAGUGCAGCAGCAGUCCGUGCAUGAACGGUGGCAGGUGCCUGGAGAGGUCAUGGCAGGCUCUUUACGGCAGCGAGCCUCUGCUGCCUGAACGAUACGACCACAGAUAUGCUGCAGGCUACAUCUGCAUCUGUCCUCCAGGAACAGCAGGUUCCCACUGCCAGGAAGUGGUGAACCAGUGUGAGUCCAGUCCCUGCCAAAACGGGGGCCGAUGUGAGAGCAUCGACGGGGGCUUCACCUGCCAAUGCCUCAAACAGGGGAGUGACGGCGUUCUCUAUGGAGGUACGAACUGCGACGUGAAGUUAGUCGGCUGUGAAGGUCAUGAGUGCCAGAACGGGGCCUCCUGCUCUCCCUUCCUGCUGGACACGACUCACAUUUACACCUGCUCCUGCACUCCCGGAUAUACUGGACCGCUCUGCAACACCCCGACCACGUUUUCCUUUGAGCGCAGAGGUUACCUGUUGCUUCACAACCCCCUGGUGAACGCUGAUCUGACUACCAACAUCACGCUGAGCUUCAAGACCGUUCUGCCAUCUGCGUUGCUGUUCCAGAGGAACAUCAGGGGGAUGGUGCUGGAGCUUCGGCUGAACAGGGGUGACCCUUUUCUGAUGCUGUUGAGUGAGAAAUCUAUUGGGUCUGAUGGAGCGAUCCAUACUCUGGUGCUUCCACAUAAUGUCAUGGAUGGAGAGUGGCACACUGUGGAGGUUGUGCUCACAAACGAGAUCCUGAGCCUUACAUUAUUCGAUGACGCUGGAAACUAUGGGAGCGAGUUGUAUCACACGGUGACCCCAGUCCAAACCAAUCUGACAGAGCUUGACACUUCCCCUCAGGACACAUUUAUAGGGGGGGCCCUCGAAAACCAAAGUUGGUUCAGUAAAGAGUUUAGUUUGCCCUUGUUCAUCGGGUGCAUGCGUGAUGUGUUCGUAGACUGGCAGCUCGUUGUACCAGAGGAAUGGCUGAGUGACUCAGCGGUUAACGUGUUGCCCGGCUGCAGCCACAGGGACCGCUGCCGGGACGGGCCGUGCCAAAAUGGAGGCCGGUGUGAGAACCUGUGGCAGAGCUACCAGUGCCAGUGCACAAGGCCUUACAAGGGGCACGACUGUGAGGAGGAACAUGUUACUGCUCGCUUUGGGAAUGAGGACUCUCACAGUUUUGCGGCCUUCGCCAUCAGUGACGAUCUGGGUCAGAACCUCUCCGUCUCCUUGUUCCUGCGCACGCGGAGGCAGAACGGACUCCUGCUGCUGCUCUCCAACAGCAGCAGCAGCCCAUACCUGCACAUGUGGCUGGUGGGCGGCAGGGUCAAAGUUCGUCUCCGUAACUCUGAGAGCGUGACGGCACAAAGAGCCAUUCAUGAUGGAGAGGUCCACUUUGUAACUGUAGAGGUUCUGGAUGGUCGCAUGUCGCUGUAUGUAGCGGGGCAGAAGCAAGGCGAAGUGGAGGGAAGGUCUGUGGAUGUCAGCGCAGGUGAUGUGGUUUUUGUUGGAGGUCUGCCGGAGAAGAGUAGCACUUCAGAGUUUGGUGGGUUUUUCAAAGGCUGCAUCCAGGAUUUGAGGAUCGGCGACGUGAGGCUGCAGUUCUUCGGUCUGGACACUUCGCUGACAUCAUAUCCUCUUGAGCAAAUAGAAAAUGUGAUUCAGGGCUGCCCUGGAGACAACGCCUGCAGUAGAAAUCCAUGUUUAAAUGGGGGCAUUUGCUUCUCUGGGUGGGACGACUUCACCUGCACCUGCCCCAGCAGCACAGCAGGGCGGCGCUGUGACGAGGUAAAGUGGUGUGAGCUGUCCCCGUGCCCCACACCUGCAGAGUGCAAGAUGCUGCAGCAGGGAUACGAAUGUUACUCCAAUGCAACUUUCCUGAAUGACAGCACUGUGAUGACCUAUCGGGGAAACGGCCACAUAUUCCGAAACAUCACCAGCCUGAUUCUAAACCUCCGCACACGGAAGCGUAAUGCAGCCAUCCUGCAUGCGGAGAAAGGUUCCUCCUUCAUCACGGUUUCUGUUCAGGAUGGUCUCCUCUUCAUGGAGCUCCAGAGCUCCUCUGGAGGCCUCAGCGGCUCGGAGGAGGAGAAAAGAGAGGAGAGGGUGUCGACGGUGAGCCUCAGCAGCAGGAGGAGCAUCAAUGACGGCGAGUGGCAUGCCGUCCAUCUCUUCAUGACGGCGCCCUGGGCUCAGUCCUCUCGCUGGACGUUGGUUCUGGAUAAUGAGAUAGAGGAAGCCAGCCUCUCCAGGAGCCAGGGCAGCAACCUGAACUUCCUCAGGGAAGGGGUGGACAUCUACCUUGGCGGCCUGGCUCCGUUAAUUGGCUGGUCCUUGGCCGGCUGUCUGGGAACAGUGGAGCUGGGCGGCAUCGCUCUGCCUUACUUCAGCUCCUCAGAGGUGAACCUCCCGCGUCUGCAGAUCGAGCAGUUUAUCCAAAAAUCCCCGAACCCGGCGCUGCCCGGCUGUAGAGGCGCCUCUGUGUGCGAGCCCAGCCCCUGCCUCAACGGCGGUCAGUGCCAGGACCGGUUCAACACCUACAACUGCACCUGUGCCGAGGGCUGGGCCGGCAGACGCUGCGACGUCCUGAUAGACACCUGCGCUUCGAACCCUUGUCUCCAUGGCAACUGUAGCAUCAACGGGCUCAGCUACGAGUGCGCCUGCGAGGUCGGGUACACAGGUGUGGACUGUGAGGAACAGGUGGAUGUGUGUAGGAACCACCUGUGUGCCAAUGGAGCCACCUGCCUCCAUGGGCCGGAUAGAUAUGCCUGCCUCUGUGCCGAGAACUACACCGGACCGCUCUGCAGCGAACGCAUGGAAGAACCUCCUUGGUACAUCGUUGUCAGAAAAAUCACGCCCAAGCUGCCUGUUUCUGUGUGUGGUGAUGAGGUCAGGAAUUAUACCUGCUUCAAUGGAGGGAACUGCACUGACCGGGAGCUCUCCUGUGACUGUCCUGCAGGAUUCGUUGGACACAGGUGCGAGCAGGACGUGGACGAGUGUAAAUCCAACCCGUGUCUGAACGGCGGCUACUGCAGAAACCUGGUCAACAGGUUCGUCUGCGUGUGCGACAUGAGCUUCGCUGGAGACGUGUGCCAGACGGACCUGACCUCUGAGGGUUUGACCUCCAACCUCUUGCUGUCCAUCAGUCUGGCAUCUGUCCUCCUGCUUCUGGUGCUAAUCCUGACCUCCGUUGGGUUGGUGGCCGCUCUAAAUCGGCGCGCCACCCACGGCACGUACAGCCCCAGCCGGCAGGAGAAAGACGGAUCCCGGGUGGAGAUGUGGAACAUCACGCAGCCGCCGCCGAUGGAGAGACUCAUAUGAGAUCCAGGGGUUUGAGUUGGAGACCAACCUGAGAGAAGCAGCUGGAUGAGAAUGGAUCCAGAGCCUGCAGGCUGAAUGGAAACAUCUUUCAUUGCUGCUGCUUUCAUUGAGUGAAACAUUUCAUGCAAAUAAUUGAAUCCAAGCUCCUGUGUGCUGCAGGUCAGCGUAAGGCUGCAGGUCACUCUGAAUGUAUUUCUGUUUUAAUGUGUAUAUUUAAGUUUAGAAAAUGUUCCUACUUUGUUUUUGGAAAUUUUAAGGAUUCACGAUUUCUUUUCUUCAUUUUGUCAGGUUAGAAUCAUAAACGUCAACAUAUUUUACUGGUAUUUAAUGCAAUAAAUUGGUUGCACCUUUUUUUUAAGGGGUUUUAGAGUAAAAGAGGCACAACACAUGCAGCAUAUACUUUAUUUUCUUUUUAAAGGUAUAACAACAAUGAGAAACAGUUUUUGUUCUAUUAGAGAUGUUAAAUGGGUUUUAUAUUGAACACUUGUAUGAGAUAAAGGUUUGAGAAUACAUGCAUUAAAUAAAUACACUUUAAUCUCAAUGUAUUUUAUUAGGAUUUCUUCUCACUUAAUCAUAUUUAGGAGGAUCAGAAAAUAGAGCUGAUUUAGACGCACGCCACACUUAUUAGGAAUUUAUUUGUAAUUUUAAGACCUUUGAAUCAUUUUUUUCCCUCUUUUUCAAAUUUGUGUGCUACUUUGUAAAGAUCUAAGCCACUAAAAUACACAUGAGAAGUGUGUGAUUAAUGACUAAAAUGAUUGUGUGAUACUUAGUCAUUUAGUGUUGCAGCUUUUAUUUUUUUUUAGGGAACAAUUUUCUUUAAAGAACUGAUUCAAAAUGUAAAAAUCUGAAUUUAUUUCUACAGUGUACAUGCCUAUAAAUAUGUUUUAAAAACAUUUUUUUUUACUUUAUAUUUCUUAAUUUCUGUAAUAUGUCAGAAUAUUUAUUGAUUUAUUGUCUGUCAAGUGUUAAGAUAAUAAAAAGUUGAUUUUUGUGGUCAAAACUGCAACAAAUCAUUACAUGAUUAAGAUGGAUGAUUAUUUAAAUGAGAUUAUUUUUUUUAAAAACAAGAAAAACAUGCAUUGAAAAAAUAAAGCAUAGCAAUUUAAAUGUUUUCAAAAAUUAAUUUUAAUUUAUUUACUCAUGCAAAA